AUGGCUUCAAAAUAUCACGAUGAUUGGCAGUCCAGUAAGCAAACAGUCUUACAAAGAAACGCGUAUAUGUUUGAUAACGAAUUGAUGAGCGAUGUAUCUUUUACUUGUGGGGAAUCAAGUCGCAUAUUUCAUACGCAUAAAUAUGUGCUCGCCACGAGCAGUUCCGUGUUUUUUGCCAUGUUUUAUGGCGAUCUAGCUCAGAAAGAAUCUCCCAUUUGCCUACCAGAUGCCGACGAGGAAAGCUUCAAAGAAUUUCUGUGCUACCUCUACACUGAUGAUUGUAAAAUCACCGCAGAGAACGCGAUUGGAAUUUUGUAUUUGGCUAAGAAGUAUCUCAUGACGUCUUUGACAGAGAAAUGUUGCAAGGUUCUAGAGGCAAGCAUUAAGCCUGAUAAUGUUUUCAUGGUGUUGGAGCAAGCAAUACGAUUUGAUGAACAAAAGUUGGAAGCGAAGUGCUGGGAUAUUGUAUCGAAGAAAACUGAGGAUUGUAUAAACUCUGAAGCAUUCUAUAAUGUCGGAUCUCAUACCCUCAAUGUUUUGUUAAAGAGCGAGACGUUGACAGUAACAGAAGUGGAAUUGUUCAAAGCAGUGUUAAAAUGGGUAGACGGCGAAUGUUCAAGGCAGGGUAUAAAUAUUGAUGAAGACAAAACGGCAAGAAGACGCGUGCUAGGGGAUAGUGUAUACGAAAUUCGUUUCCUUGAAAUGUCGCUGGAAGAUUUCACGAAAUACGUUUCUUGUAUUCACGGAUUACUAACAGAGACAGAGCUUAUUUCUAUUUUCCAGAAAUUUGGUGGAUUAGAUGUGGCUGGCUUGAAAUGGAAGGAGCAAAAGGCAAGGCGGCCUUACAUAGUCGGUUUCAGCAGAUUUGACGUUGCCAAUAUAUUCGACUGGAAAUGGAGUUACAACGGAAGUAAGUCCGAUGCUCUUACUCUGACUGUUAAUAAAGCUAUUCUCUUUCACGGUGUUCGCUUGUUUGGUGACUCCAGUGGUAGCCAGUACGAAGUCAAGUUUACGGUGAAAGAUGAAAAUGUAACAGGGACCUACACUUCAAGACAAGACGAUGAUGGUGUGUGGGGUUACGAUGUUAUUUUACCUCAACCACUAACUCUACAGCCAGAUGAAGUGUUCACAAUAGUCUCGACAAUUGACGGACCAGAAUGUUACGGUGGUGGCAAGGGAAAAUCAUCAGUGACAGACGAUGGCAUUGUUGUGACAUUUAACAACGCAUCUACUUUUAGUACAAAUUCGACGGACAAACUUAUUGGUCAGUUUUACAAAAUUUUCCUUUCUAAACUAUAGAUAGAGAAAAUUUGACUUGAUAUCUUAGCCUGCCUCAAAGAUGAACUUUAUCUCAAUGGCUAGUAAUGAUCUUUAUCUCAAUGGCUAGUAUGAGGUAACGGCCCGAUUUAUCCUAGAGACGGAUCGUUCAUGACGAUACGUUAGGUGUACUGUAGGGCAUGGACUGGACUCGGAAACAUGGACUCAGUCAGCGAUUUGUACAAUAUGGACUCACUCACUCAAUCAGUGAUUUGUUAAAUAUGGACUGACUCGGUCAGGGAUUUGCGAAACACGGACCGAGUCCAUGAUUUGUAAAACAUGGAAUGAGUCCAUUAUUUAUAAAACAUGGAAUGAGUCCAUUAUUUGUAAAACAUGGAAUAAGUCUAUGAUUUGUAAAACAUGGAAUGAGUUCAUCAUUUAUAAAACAUGGAAUAAGCAUAGAUAUCUUAUAUACACUAGAUAGCGCAUCUCUUUUAGUAAAAUUGAAGCCAAGAAUAUUCCAGCGGUUACCCCCAUUUGAAUAGAUGGCGGCCAUGUUGGUCGUUCCCACUUGCUAAUAAAUGCUUAAAAACAACAAUAACUUUCAUCAUUUAAAUAGUUUAAAAACGUAUUUGGAAUAGGGUUAACUUCAUGUUUAAGUUCCGUGUUUAAAAAAUAGAAAAUAUACGAAUCUUCUCAUUUCAUGGGAACGACCUGAGACUGCAAUCACGGCUUCAAUUUUUGAAUUGCAGAAUAAUUAGAUGCACUAUCUAGUGUAUAUAAGAUAUCUAUGGGAAUAAGUCUAUAAUUUGUAAAACUGAUGAAAAGAGUCUGAUUUGUAAAACAUGAAAAGAGUCUAUAAAUUGUAAAACAUGGAAUGAGCCCAUGAUUUGUAAAACAUGGAACGAGUCCAUAAUUUGUAAAACAUGGAAUGAGUCCAUCAUUUGUAAGACGUGGAAUCAAUCGGAACCGUACUCAAAUUCGUCCAGUUCUACAUGUUCACACGGAAAUAGAAUGGAUCAGUUUGAUCAAUAUAACUGACAGUAUUAAUAAAUAGAUUUAAUGGUAAACGCACUACGUUGAUUGGUUUCUUGUGGAAAACAUGCACAGUGUUUGAUUUAUUUGAGGCGGUGCAGUAAACCCUAACCUGGAUCAAAGGGGUUUCCUGUUUCGCUGAAUCUGUAGCCUCCACUCAGAUGCAGACGCCUGACAACAGAAACCAUCUGCUACAGAAUAGAGACAUACAGAAGGCCGACUUCUUAGUUUUGCCUAUGAUUUUAGCGUAAUAGACAAUUCCCAUUAUAGACUAAUUUUAAAACUAGGCAAGGAGAUGCAAAUAAAUCACCACAGCUAGAAAGAGCAUACUAAAAUUAGUAAAAUUACAAAAUUUGGUUGCGAAAUGUUGUAAAAUGUGGAAAAUAUAGCCUUGCAAAGUUUGCAAAUUUUGUAUACUUUUGUAUUGCGUGUGACAUUUUCGGCCUAAAUGUGGUAGGAAUGUGGUAGGAAUUUCCGCAAGCAAUUCAAAAGUAUACAAAAUUUGCGAACUUUGCAAGGCUAUAUUUUCCUCAUUUUACAACAUUUCGCAACCAAACUUUGUAAUUUUACUAAUUUUAGUAUGCUCUUUCUAGCUGUGGUGAUUUAUUUGAGUUUCCUUACCUAAUUUUAAAAUUAGUCUAUAAUGGGAAUUGCCUAUUGUUUGUCGCCUUGUUCCUAGCCAGUACGCUUGUGAGAGACAUUCCACCCCUGAAAAUAUUCAAAAUGGCGGAUGUGCAGGGGGGUGAAUGCCGCUCAUAAGCGCACUGGCUAUGGAACCAUGGGCCGGUUGUUCGAAAGCCGAUUAGCUUAACCCCUAGGUUAACCUAAAAUCGACAACUGGCCUCUGUAGCUCACUUGGUUUGAGCGCUGCACCGUAAUCGUAGGGCAGCAGGUUCGAUUCCUGCUAUCAGGUUCUAUUCCUGCUAUAGGUUUCGAAUUCCACUCGAAACUGAUUUUCAUCUACAUUACCCAACAACUAACAUUAAUUAUGCGCACUCAUAGAGAUUUGCGUCUCACUAUUCCGGGAGUGUUGGACGAGUUUCCCGUUUGAGAUUACUACAUAUAAUGAAAACUAAUUAGAGCUGCUGGUAUAAUAGCUAAAAUCCGAAGUGCAUGCGUUAAAACUGAUAUAUUAUGCAUUAGUCUAUUUAAUUCAAGGCCGUUUUCAUUAACGUUCGCUUUGCCCGUGUGGUUCAUUGUUUUUGACGCCCGUCACGCUGCGUGAACAGAUUUUCAAAGAUCGCUCCGCCCGCGCGGGCAAAGCGACUGGGCAACUUAACAUGGGGUAAAUACUUAUCAUAAGUAAUAGCAUGGCUUGAGGGAGAUUAGUGAUUAAAUGGCCCCGUAACCCGAGGCAGGUUUGCGGAAUUCCCGAGGGCGAAGCCCGAGGGAAUUCCGCAAACCUGCCGAGGGUAAGGGGUCAUUUAAUCACUAAUCUCCCGAAAAGCCAUGCUAUUAGUUUGUAAUAGCAUAGUUUCGCUCCCAUUUAAAAAUGGACAAACAUGCCCUACUUGGAAUCAGCGUAUUUAAGCUAAAACAUUUGCUUCAUUGCUUGUGGGAUGUAAAAGCUUGUUGCACAUGCGCACUUUUUACGCUUUAAUCGGUUACGCAUGCGCAAUCUAUCAUUUAACGUACCACAACAAACACGCUAAAUAUAUUAGUAUAAAUUUGGAGACUGCACGUGCGUAAUUUAAAUGAUGCGGCAACUCAGGGAUCGGAUGAUAGACUAUUGACGGCUCUGAGCUAACUGUUGCUGUUCCUUGCACGAUUAUGUGCGUGAGGCACUUGCCUAAUGCGUAGUCGUCAGGGAGACAAAGGUGUGACCCUUGGUAACGGGCGAUUAGUUCUAAUCGCCCGCUCUAGCGGGCGAUUAGAACUAAUCGCCCGCUACAGCGGGCGAUACGUGAUUAAACGUCCCUGUUGAAACAAAAGAAACCCGGGCAACUAUGCUAUUAUGAAAGUUAAAGGGGAAGUCAAGUCCGUUCUGCGCAUCUGUUCUGCGCAUAACAAUGAGAGGACCUCUAAUGUGAAAAUUGCCCAAAUUUCGAAUGUUUCGAAUUUUUCUGAACAUAAAAUUUAUUUCAUAUUCAUUUAGAAGCAUAGCGAACCAAAAUGGUGUUAGAUAUUCAGACAGUACAUCAUAUUUUAAAAAAUGCAGCAGUUCAAAAUGUAAACAAACCGUUUGUUUACAUUACGGACUUGACUUCCCCUUUAAAUUAAAAAAUAAUGAAUAUACUUAUAUACAAAAAAAAAUUGUGCGUCUAAUGACUUUCCAGUCUUAUUUAUAGCAAAGUGUCAGUGAGCCAAUUUUCAAAGAUUUAAAUAUCCUAGUCUAUGAAGAUUUAUAGUAGGUCUCUAGCCCAAAAUCUUUAAUUAUUGUAACAUAUUUUAAGUAGCUUUCUUUUAUAUACAUUGCCAUGGGAAAACAAUUAAAUAAAAAAGAAUUUAAAAAUAUGCAGGUGACUGCGAUAGCUGUUGAUCACAAAUUCACAAUCUACUGUACGACAAUAAAACCACCCAAUUGACCAUUUGCGUAAUAGACUAAAUUUUGAUCUAGACAAAAAAUUCAUCACAGCUUGAAAGAGCAUCACACAAUGAGUAAUAUUCCAAAGUUUCGUUGCGAAAUGUUGUAAAAUGCGGAUAAUAUAGCCUUGCGAAAUUUGCAAUUUUCAGCAUUUUAGAUUACAAACGGGAAAUUGACAGCCCGAUACGCUUUGAGGCUGUCAAUUUCCAUUUUAUUUCUAGUUUGUAAUCUAAAAUAACUGAAAAUUGCAAACUUCGCAAGGCUAUAUUAUCCGCAUUUUACAACAUUUCUCAACGAAACUUUCGAAUAUUACUAAUUUUGUGAUGCUCUUUCAAGCUGUGAUGAAAUUUUUGUCUAGACUUGUUGAGUUCAAAAUUUAAUUUAGUCUAUUACGCAAAUGGUCAAUUGACGAAAACCAAUCUCAUUGUCUGAACUCUGAAUGCAUAAGUAAUGACCAAAUGAAACCAAUAAAAAUAAUUAACUUUAUGCAGAAUACUUGACCCUCAUCGACGUUUACUGACCUCAUUAGUUUCAUUUUAACUUUUAUGUUCAUACAUGGUUUAUACCACGUCCGCAUUUUACAUAUAUAAAACGUCUGUUCUACAGCUCUGCUUUAACGACUUUACCAUUCCAAAACAUGGCUUCAAAAUAUCACGAUGAUUGGCAGUCUAGUAAGAAAACAGUCUUACAAAGAAACGCGUAUAUGUUUGAUAACGAAUUGAUGAGCGAUGUAUCUUUCACUUGUGGGGAAUCAAGUCGCAUAUUUCAUACGCACAAAUAUGUGCUUGCCACGAGCAGUGCUGUGUUUUUUGCCAUGUUUUAUGGCGAUCUAGCUCAGAAAGAAUCUCCAAUUUGUCUACCGGACGCCGACGAAGAAAGCUUCAAAGAAUUUCUGUGCUAUCUCUACACUGACGAUUGUAAAAUCACCGCAGGGAACGCGAUUGGAGUUAUGUAUUUGGCUAAGAAGUAUCUCAUGUUGUCUUUGACAGAGAAAUGUUGCAAGGUUCUAGAGGCAAGCAUUGAGCCUGAUAAUGUUUUCCUCGUGUUGGAGCAAGCAAUACGAUUUGAUGAACAAAAGCUGGAAGCGAAGUGCUGGGAUAUUGUAUCGAAGAAAACUCAGGAAUGUAUAAACUCGGAAGCAUUCUGUAAUGUCGGAUCACAUACUCUCAAUGUUUUGUUAAAGAAAGAGACGUUGUCCGUGACAACGGUGGAACUGUUCAAAGCAGUGUUAAAAUGGAUUGACGGCGAAUGUUCAAGACAGGGUCUGAAUAUUGAAGAAGACAAAACGGCAAGAAGACGCGUUCUAGGGGAUAGUGUAUACGAAAUUCGUUUCCUUGACAUGUCACAGGAAGAUUUCGCGAAAUAUGUUUCUUCUACUAGAAUACUUACAGAGGCAGAAGUUAUUUCUAUUUUCCAGAAAUUGAACGGGUUAGAUGUGACUGGCUUGAAAUGGAAAGAGAAAACGAAACGGCGGCCUUAUAUAGUCGGUUUCAGUAGAUUUGACGUUGCCAAUGCAUUAUGCGGCUGCUGGAGUUACAGCGGAAUUAAAUCCGACGCUCUUACUCUGACUGUCAAUAAAGCUAUUCUCUUUCACGGUGUUCGCUUGUUUGGUGACUCCAGUGGUAGUCAAUACGAAGUCAAAUUUACGGUAAAAGAUGAAAAUGUAAAAGGGACCUACACCUCAGAAAAGGACAAUGAUGGUGUGUGGGGAUAUGACGUCAUGUUGGCCAAACCAGUUUCUCUACAUCCAGAUGAAAUGAUCACAAUAAUUGCGACAAUAAGAGGCCCAACAUCUCACACAGGUGGCAAUGGAAAAUCAUCAGUAAGAGUCGAUGACAUUGUCGUGACUUUUAGUUAUAGUAGUUUAAGUUCAAAUGGUACAGAUAACAGUAGUGGUCAAUUUUACAAAAUUUUCCUUUCACAACUUUAGAGAUACAAUUUGACUUGAUCAGGUGAAGCUCGCCUGAGCUAUUUUAAUCCUAGCCUGCAAAGCAGGCGCUCGCGGGCUUGGUUAUUUUUCCCGGGACGAAAUUAUGUAAACAUGGUGUCUUGGAAAUAUUUUUGUUGCAAUUAAAACAAACUGCACCUUGUAUUACGACUUUAAUGGUGUCUGUUUAAGUCUAUUAAUGUUGAUGUAUUAUUUAUAACAUGAGCGGUCGUGCUUUCGAUACAACACGGACGCAAAUGUUACAAAUCAGUGGCGUACAUUUUCACAGCCUAUUUUACAAACUGCCACCACCAGUCAUUCCAGUUCAGUGGUAAUAUUAGUUUAAAUGGUGCAAAAUGACAGUCAGAACCCUGGUCAGAGCUAUGUCCCGAACACCCCCCACAGACACACACACACACUCACACACAAAUAAGAAUGAGAGUCAUGGCCAGUGGUCAUGGCAGUCAUGACAGGAGACAUUUCAAGCUUAACAAAAUAAAAGGUUCGAUAAGUGUUCCAACUAUGUUUUUUAACUCCAAUAAAAUAUAUGAUAGUGCUGGGAAAGCGUUAAGAACAUCUAACCAAGGUCGCGUGACUACCAACUCCCAUGCUAUCCUUGUUUGAUGGUAGUCAGGGCCGUAGCGAGGGGAGUGCGAUAACUCCCACCCCCACCCCCAACUUUUAGAAAAUUGCACUAUUCGGAAAAGUUACAAGUCUAUCCGGAAAAUUCGGACCAGGCCCGUUGGCAAAAUAACGAAUUUAUCAGCAAAUUGUUUUCGUAGUCAGUGAAAAUAUUUGAGUGGCUCUGAUUAAAAGUAAUAGCGCAAAAGUUGAUAAAUGAACGAAAAUUUUUUACAUCCCCCCCCCUCAAAAAAAAGAAAUAUUAAUUAGCGAUUCAAAUGUUGUCGGCAAAUGCGAUACUACACCUCCCCAACCUCAUGCCUGCUUUCCACUUUCAAUCGUACCGAAACGUAGCGUAUUUCAUUGUUUCCUGAGCGGCAGUGUGGAACUAAUCACUACGACACAAAAGAAAAUGCUACGGUAUGGUACGUUACGUUACGUGAAAAACUGGCUUUAUUGGGCUAGUUCCUCGGCUAGAGGAGAACUGAUCACGUGAUCGGCUAGUUGUGUUGUUUGUCGCGUCAGAUACAACCCAAUCCCUAUCUCUAAGCCUAAUCCUUAAUCUAACCCUUACCCUAACCCUAACACUAAUCACUAUAACUAACUGAUGACGUAAUCUGUGAUGCAAAAUCUUCUACCCGAGGAACUACCCCUUUAUGGCGCUGAGUGGUUAUAUUACUACCUGGAAAAAAACAAGCAGCAACUCGACGUUUUGAGCGAAGGCCCUUCGUCAAGAGCUAGUAGCGUCAAGAGUCUUCGUCAAGAGUUAGUCUUAGCUUUAGCCUCUUCCGCUCCUCGCUACGGCCUGGAUUGUAGUUUUACUUUAAUUGCUUGGUACAAAUGUAACUGUCCUCAAGUGGACCAAUUGCUUACUAGUACUUUACUCUCCAAUUGGCGAUAAGCGUUUCACUCGCUAAACGCAUCAGCAAUUAUCCAAAUGACCUUAACGAGGAUCAGUGGCCUCUUUAGUUUCAUUUUAACUUUGAUGUUUAUAUCACUUCCGCAUUUUACAUGCAAAAACACGUCGCCUUGUUGUACAAAACGUCUGUUCCACAGCUUUGCAUUUUACUUCGUCAGUUUUACAGCUCUGUAUUUUAAACCUUCAAUCAGCUCUACUAUUCCAAAACAUGGCUUCAAAAUAUCACGAUGAUUGGCAGUCCAGUAAGAAAACAGUCUUACAAAGAAAUGCGUAUAUGUUUGAUAACGAAUUGAUGAGCGAUGUAUCUUUCACUUGUGGGGAAUCAAGUCGCAUAUUUCAUGCGCAUAAAUAUGUGCUUGCCACGAGCAGUGCUGUGUUUUAUGCCAUGUUUUAUGGCGAUCUAGCUCAGAAAGAAUCUCCCAUUUGCCUUCCAGAUGCAGACGAAGAAAGCUUCAAAGAAUUUCUGCGCUACCUCUACACUGAAGAUUGUAAAAUCACCGCAGGGAACACGAUUGGGGUUAUGUAUUUGGCUGAGAAGUAUCUUAUGACGUCUUUGACCGAAAAAUGUUGCAAGGUUGUAAAGGAAAGCAUUAAGCCUGAUAAUGUUUUCAUGGUGUUGGAGCAAGCAGUACAAUAUGAUGAACAAAAGUUGGAAGCGAAGUGCUGGGAUAUUAUAUCGAAGAAAACUCGGGAAUGCAUAAACUCGGAAGCAUUCUGUAAUGUCGGACCUCAUAUCCUCAAGGCUUUGUUAAAGAGCGAGACGUUGACAGUAACAGAACUGGUACUGUUCAAAGCAGUGUUAAAAUGGGUAGACAGCGAAUGUUCAAGACAGGGUAUAAAUAUUGAAGAAGACAAAAUGGCGAGAAGACGUGUCCUAGGAAACAGUGUAUACGAAAUUCGUUUCCUGGAAAUGUCACAGGAAGAUUUCAUGAAAUACGUUUCUUCUACCGAAAUACUUACAGAGAAAGAGGUUAUUUCCAUUUCCCAGAAAUUGAACGGGUUAGAUGUGGCUGGCUUGAAAUGGAACGAGCAAAAGAAAAGGCAACCAUGUAUAGUUCUCAGUUUCAGUAGAUUUGACUUUGCCGAUGUAUUAGACGGCAAAUGGACGUGGAACAAUAAUGGCCGUGUCGAUGCUCUUACUUUGACUGUCAAUAAAACUGUUCUCUUUCAAGGUGUUCGCUUGUUUGGUGACUCCAGUGGUAGUCAAUACAAAGUUAAGUUUACGGUGAAAGAUGAACAAGUAACACGGACGUACACUUCAGAAAAAGACAACGAUGGUGUAUGGGGUUAUGAUGUCAUGUUGCCCAAACCAGUUUCUCUACAGCCAGAUGAACAGUUCAUGAUAUUUGCGAGAAUAAAAGGACCACAAUCUCAUCGCGGUAAAAAUGGAAAAUCAUCAGUAAAACUCAACGACAUCGUCGUGACUUUCAGUUCUAAUAGUUCAAGUUCAAACGGUACAAAUAAAAAUGGUGGUCAAUUUUACAAAAUUUUCCUUUCUCAACUUUAGAGAGGCAAUUUGACUUGAUCGCCUAACUUGCACACUUAUACUUGAUAAUGAAUUCAUCAAGGUCGAAAUGACAAAUAUCAGGCUUGUAAGUAAAGGCCUGGUCACAGUUUGCCGCGAAGUUCACCUGAUCCAUACUUAUGUGAUUAAAUCAUCAAGGAUGAAAUGACUUUCUAUCGAUCAACAGAUUAUCUUAUUCUAGUGUGAAAACAAGACGAACCAUGUAGAGGAACUAGCAACAAUAGCUCGUUCUAUACAAGCCAGUGUCCUGAGACGAACAAUAUUGCUGUAGAAAUCUACAAACUAUGGAAAAUGAAACAUUGGUUUUCCUGAUAAUGCUAAUGCCGUAUUAAUAUACAUGACAGACGAAUCAUCCGUCAUAUUGACAUAUUGAAUGAUUCGUCCGUUUGCUGAAAUAUCUGUUCCUCGUUCAAGUAUGUCCACAUGCACCAAUCAUCCGUUGUCAAUAUACUGUAUAUGGGACUAAUAAUAAAGGGCAUCAUUUGUCAUAACAUAGGGUACAAUUAUUAGGGGUGGGUUAUUUAAUAACUGGGAUUCAUAAGUUCCUCAUUUCAGUCACGUACGUAGUCUUGUAACAUGUCAUGUAUAUGAGUGUCCGUUUAAACAUUUGUGACGAAUUUAAUAAUAAUAAUUAUGAUAUAUUAAGUUUAGGUUAAGCAUAACGGUAUAAAACCUGAUUAUUAAUAAGAAUUUUAGUAAAAUGAGUUCAGUAUUCAUCAUGAAAGAAUAAAAAAAGUUAAUGCAUGUAAACUUUUCCCUGUGGUGAUAAGGAUCAGCAGCAAGAUAGUUUAGAAACUACUGACAGAGUUAUAUCGCCAUAUGACAGUAUUAAAUAAAGCGAUUAGUUCAAGAUUAAAUAGUUAUUUAUAAAAUAUUUAUCGAACUUAAAAAUUUGAUAACUGGGUCGCAAUUAUAGCCUGUGUCAAAGACCUUCCACAGGAUAUGGCGCAAUAUGUGCAUGUAUCACAUCAUGUUGCAUAUCACUAUGUGUUCAACUAUUCCGGGAAAAUUAGAACAGUUUCCCCUUUAAAUUACUACAUGAAAUGAAAAGAAUAUUAACAUUUUCUCUCAAUAUGCAGCCAUGCAGGUGUCUGCGAUAGUAGUUGAUCACAAUCUAUAUACCGUACUGAAACCAACCAAUUGAUGAAAACCAAUCUCACUGUCUGAACACAUAAGCAAUGGCCACAUAAGUAUAUGUAGAAUAGUUGACCCUCAUAUAGAGGUUUAUUGACCUCUUUAGUUUCAUUUUAACUUUGAUGUUUAUAUCACUUCCGCAUUUUACAUGCAAAGACACGUCGCCUUGUUGUAUAAAACGUCUGUUUUACUGGGUGUAUUUUAAACCUUCAAUCAGCUCAACCAUUCCAAAACAUGGCUUCAAAAUAUCACGAUGAUUGGCAGUCCAGUAAGAAAACAGUCUUACAAAGAAACGCGUAUAUGUUUGAUAACGAAUUGAUGAGCGAUGUAUCUUUCACUUGUGGGGAAUCAAGUCACAUAUUUCAUGCGCAUAAAUAUGUGCUUGCCACGAGCAGUGCUGUGUUUUAUGCCAUGUUUUAUGGCGAUCUUGCUCAGAAAGAAUCUCCCAUUUGCCUACCAGACGCCGACGAAGAAAGCUUCAAAGAAUUUCUGUGCUAUCUCUACACUGACGAUUGUAAAAUCACCGCAGGGAACGCGAUUGGAGUUAUGUAUUUGGCUAAGAAGUAUCUUAUGUCGUCUUUGACAAAGAAAUGUUGCAACGUUCUAGAGGCAAGCAUUAAGGCUGAUAAUGUUUUCCUGGUGUUGGAGCAAGCAAUAAGAUUUGAUGAACAAAAGUUGGAAGCGAAGUGCUGGGAUACUGUAUCGAAGAAAACUCAGGAAUGCAUAAACUCGGAAGCAUUCUGUAAUGUCGGAUCCCACACCCUGAAUGUUUUGUUAAAGAAAGAGACGUUGUCCGUUACAAUGGUGGCACUGUUCAAAGCAGUGUUAAAAUGGGUAGACGGCGAAUGUUCAAGACAGGGUCUAAAUAUUGAAGAAGACAAAACGGCAAGAAGACGCGUCCUAGGAGAUAGUGUAUAUGAAAUUUGUUUCCUUGAAAUGUCGGAGCAAGACUUUGCAAAGCAUGUCUCCCCUUCAGGAAUACUUACAGAGACAGAGAUUAUUGCGGUCUUUCAGAAAUUUAACGGAUUAGACGCGGCUGACUUUAAAUGGAGGGGGAAAGAAAGAAAACGGUCUGAUAUACUUGGUUUCAGUAGAUUUGGCCUUUUCGAUGCAUUACAAGGCAGCAUAUUAAGUUAUAAUGGGAUUAAAUCCGAUGCUCUUAGUCUGACUGUCAAUAAAGCUGUUCUCUUUCACGGUGUUCGCUUGUUUGGUGACUCCAGUGGUAGUCAAUACAAAGUCAAGUUGACGGUGAAAGAUGAAAAUGUAACAGGGACCUACACUUCAGAACAAAACACCAUUUUAUGGGGUUAUGAUGUCAUGUUGCAAAAACCAGUUUCUCUGCAGCCAGAUGAAGAGUUAACAAUAAUUGCGACAAUAAACGGACCACAGUCUCGCACUGGUCGUAAUGGGAAAUCAUCAGUGAAAGUUAAUGACAUUGUCGUGACUUUUGACAACGCAGCUCAUGGUUUAAGUACAAAUAAUACACGGAAGGAUUGUGGGCAAUUUCAGCAAAUUUUCAUUUCUAAACUGUGUAGACUGUGUAGAUAGAGAAAAAUUGACUUGUCAUGAUCCUACCCUGCCUUUAAGAAUAAUUUCAUCUAUAAAAACCCAUCUUAUAAACUGAUUAUUAAUAAUUAUGUUAUAAUCCAAUAGGUCGAGACAAUAAAACAAUAUUAUAAAGUUAAUUUAGAUUUCUUCUAGGUCUAGCUGUAAUGAUCAUGGUCUAUGGAACAACACUAGUAAUUCGUUCAAUUUAAUGAAUAAUUAUUUGUAUAUAAAUUUGCAUGGUGAUCAAUAUAAUUGAUAAUAUUAAUAAAUGGAUUUUAAAGUACACACACUACGUCGACUGAAUUUCGUGGAAAACAAAGCUGAGCGUUUGUUUAUCUGGCACAGCUUCAGAUCAAUAAAGCUAAUUAAUUAAUGACGGAACUUUGGAGGUUUAAAUAAAAAAAUUAAAAAGUUUAAAAAUUGUCAAAGUGAACUAGCCGGUUCGUAAAAAAAUUCCGAUAUCAGUUAUAUAUUUAAUUAAGGAAGUCUUGAUUCUUGAACAAAACAAAGGCAACUAUACCCUCUAAAUAGAUAUUAGAAAUAUUUGAAUUCACUGUCGCUAUACAGCUCUAUACCUGUCACUCGCUAAGUACGCAUGUAAUUGGCUAAUGAUAACGGUAGCGCAUGGAAGUCAAAUCCGAAAAAUCUUUAGGUGCCCUUUUCAUUCGAGAAGUGCCCCUCAAAGCCUGCCUCCCCCCCCCCCCCAACUUUUAGAUGCUUCCUACGCCCCUGGAGAAGAUGAUGUUAACUAUUUUCCUUCCAUCAAUGUAUUAUAGAUUUGGUGGAAAAUAAAUAGAAUUGAAAAUUGCAUUUUCAUUUUAAUUGCUUGAUACAAAUGGCACAGUUCUGAAGUGGACCAACUAGUACUGUACUCUCCAAUUGACGACAAGCAUUUCGGUUCUCUGAAAGCAUAGUAAUUAUUCAAAUAACCUUAGCUAUAUCAAGGGCCUCUUUAGUUUCAUAUCAACUUUGAUGUUUAUAUUACUUCCGCAUUUUACAUAUAAACAAAUGUACGUUGCCUUGCUGUAAACAUCUGUUUUACUGCAGUGUAUUUUAAACUUUCAACCAGCUCUAUCAGAUUAUUAUUCCAAAACAUGGCUUCAAAAUAUCACGAUGAUUGGCAGUCUAGUAAGAAAACAGUCUUACAAAGAAACGCGUAUAUGUUUGAUAACGAAUUGAUGAGCGAUGUAUCUUUCACUUGUGGGGAAUCAAGUCGCAUAUUUCAUGCGCAUAAAUACGUGCUGUGUUUUAUGCCAUGUUUUAUGGCGAUCUAGCUCAGAAAGAAUCUCCCAUUUGUCUACCAGAUGCCGACGAAGAAAGCUUCAAAGAAUUUCUGCGCCACCUCUACACUGAUGAUUGUAAAAUCACCGCAGGGAACGCGAUUGGAGUUAUGUAUUUGGCUAAGAAGUAUCUCAUGUCGUCUUUGACAAAGAAAUGUUGCAAGGUUCUAGAGGCAAGCAUUAAGCCUGAUAAUGUUUUCCUGGUGUUGGAGCAAGCAAUACAAUUUGAUGAACAAAAGUUGGAAGCGAAGUGCUGGGAUAUUGUAUCGAAGAAAAGUCAGGAUUGUAUAAACUCGGAAGCGUUCUGUAAUGUCGGAUCAUAUAGCCUCAAUGCAAUGCUUUGUUAAAGAGAGAAACGUUGUCAGUAACAGAAGUGGAAUUGUUCAAAGCAGUGUUAAAAUGGCUGGACAGCGAAUGUUCAAGACAGGGUAAAAAUAUUGAAGAAGACAAAAUAACAAGAAGACGUGCCCUAGGGGAUAGUGUAUACGAAAUUCGUUUCCUUGAAAUGUCACAGGAAGAUUUCGCGAAAUAUGUUUCUUCUACUAGCAUACUUACAGAGGCAGAGGUUAUUUCUAUUUUCCAGAAAUUUAGUGGAUUAGAUGUGGCUGGCUUGAAAUGGAAGGAGCAAAAGAAAAGGCGGCCUUACAUAGCCAGUUUCAGCAGAUUUGACGUUGCCAAUGCAUUAUGCGGCUGUUGGAACAAUAUUGGCCGUGCCGAUGCUCUUACUCUGACUGUCAAUAAAGCUGUUCUCUUUCACGGUGUUCGCUUGUUUGGUGACUCCAGUGGUAGCCAGUACGAAGUCAAGUUUACGAUAAAAGAUGAAAAUGUAACAGGGACUUACACCUCAGAAAAGGACAAUGAUGGUGUGUGGGGAUAUGAUGUUCAUAAUAAUUGCGACAAUAAAAGGCCCAACAUCUCACAGAGGUAACAAUGGAAAAUCAUCAGUAAGAGUCGACGACAUUGUCGUGACUUUUAGUAAAAGUAGGUUAAGUUCAAAUGGUACAGAUAACAGUAGUGGUCAAUUUUACAAAAUUUUCCUUUCACAAAUUUGACUUGAUCGCCUAUCUUGCACACUUACUUGAUUAACUAAUUCAUCAAGGUCAGAAUGACUAAUAUCAGGGCUUGUAAGUAAAGGCCUGGUCACAUGAACCCGGUUUGGUGAGGUCACUUAAGUGGGAUGAAUUUAUUUCCGUCGGCAUACGACCGUUUUAAUCCUAGCCUGCAAAGCAGGCGCUCGCGGGAUUGGUUAUUUUUAUCCCACCUAAUUAUGUCGCCUCGGUGGGACGACAUAUGAACAUGUUGUCUUCGAAAUAUUUGUCGUUGUAAUUGAACAAACUGCACCUUGUAUUACGACUUUACUAGUGUCUGUUUAGGUCUGUUAAUGUUUAUAUAUCAUUUAAAACAUGAGCCGGUCGUGUUUUCGAUACAACACGGACGCGAAUGCUACAAAUGAGAAUAUUCGUAUUCUUCAACAAUUUAAAAUAAUUGAAUAAUAUUUAGUGCGAAGAUUGAACUUAAAGUUUAUGUAAAUUAGCAUGAUUCGGUAUCAGAUAUACAAACUCCUUCACGCACAUGAUUUCUUUUGUUUUAUUAUGCGCUUUCCCGAAAAUAAAAUUGUCUAAAAAGGUUUUUUUCCAAGCCUGUUUUGGAUAAAAGAUAUGGGGAGAAAAAAUACGUUUUUCAGAAUUUUUCGACCUCAAUUUUAAUAUUCACAAAUUAGGGCGUUUGCUGUGACCUCGAAAAGUGCCUAGAAAACGACUUUCAUUUCCCAUGUCUUGCAACUGAAAAAUUUUUAUGGGAACUAACCGUUAUGUAAUGGAUAUUAUAGUGUACUGCCAAGUCAACUGGAUACCUCCUUAUACAUAAUAUAUACACACCCUAACCUAUAUUGGUGCGCGAAACAUAGAAUGAUAAACUCUCAGUUCUGGCUUUAUUUCUAUAAAAUUAGAAAGACGUUAACAAGGUUAAAUCUUUGGGCUAUUUCUCUGGGCUGAGAAAUAAUCCUUACAUGCGAUAAAAAUGUUUUAUACAACGAUGUAGUAACAGCAAUGUCAUGUAGUGGGUCAGUAUUUAAAUUUUCAACACAGUUUCUGAGACGUAAUUCAAGAAGUAACUUAUCAUUGCAUUUGAACUAUUAUAUCAGUUGAGUUGGUGCUAUUCUGUGCGAUUAGCGAAUAUUAUUGGAAAGAGGGCUUCCAUAUACGUUGAAAUCAGCAAAUAAACAGCUCAUGCACACAUUUCGCCACUUUGACACUUUAUACUUUGACACAGAUUUUUGUCUUUGAUGUGAACAUUUAUUCUCCUAGUUUAAGAUUAUUUAGGAGUGAUCAUUUUCUACCAGCAACCCAUCGACAAUAUUUCAUUGUAGCGCGUUUUGCUGUUAUGUUGGCUUCGCGUUACUCUUGCUUUAAAUACCUUGAUCGCGUUAAAAGAGUUAUUUUUCAGGCCAGUGGCAUAGCCAACAGACUUAGCAUUAACGUCCUUGUCAUUUUAUAGAAAUAUCUCUAGAACUGAGGAUUUUAGAAAACGUUAUCUGUACCUUCUCAAAGUUGUAGGCAAAAUAUGUUGUUUACGUCCAACAUGCAUAAUAUUACAUACCUCAAAAUGAUUCGAGCAAAACGGUCAUUUGUUAAAAGGAAGACUGGUUAAUAGAAAUUGGCCCUUUUUAGUGACAUAAUCGUGUGUCGUCAUCGAUCCGUGUCGUUGAACAAUGAAAAAAAUUUGUUGUGAAAUUAGUGAAGAUAAAAUUGCAGUUUGUGAGAAAACUACAGGUCUACGGAGCGGGAACUUUUCAGAUUUGAACUCAGCGUGUUCGAAAGUGUUAGGUCCCGUUUAAAUAUUUCAGUUCCAAGACAUGGAAAAUGAAAGUGAACGAUAUCGGGACGCAGCAAACGGCCUAAAUUAAUAUUCAACACGUUUAUAGAUUACAGUAUUAAAUAAAAGUAAUUAUUUCAAGAUUAAGUAGUUCUUUCAGUUUGAUAAAUAUCAUUGACAGUAUUAAUAAAUAGAUUUUGUGGUAAAGUUGGUAAACGCACUAUGUUCAGGUUUCUUGUGGAAAACAUGCACAUCAUGCAGUGUUUGAUUUAUUUGAGGUGGUGUAAACCCCACCCUGGAUCGGGUGUUUUCAGAUUCCCAUUCCCCUGCAUCAGGGUGAGAUGCCUCCAGUUAGGAGAGGUUAGGGUGGGGGUUGGGGUCAGGUUAUCAAUGUGUCUGCUGUAUGAUGAUAUACUGUAUACAUCAUAUACAGGAUAUACAUGAUGACAUACAUCAUACAAAUGAAGAGCAUGUAUUGUGGCUAUUGUUUUCACACAACCAUAAAAUUCAAAAAACGUUUACAGUUCUACAACAAAAAAGUAAAAUAAACAAUGAAAUUACAUUGUCGCCCGACUACAACUCUAUGACACUAACAUUUAUAUAUAUUAUCGGUAUAGACAAUUUCCAAUCGUUUAUCAUGAGAAGUUUAUGUAUAUAUAAGGUAACUUUAUGCACUAUUUAAAACAUGAGCAGCAGUGUUUUCUCACAUAUAAAGAUACGAGGCGAAGCCGACUACUUUAGGACUGAUAAAACACGCACUGCGAAUGUUUUAAAUUGCUUCAAAAAUGAUCGAUCGAGUAAGUUCAUUGACAUUGGCGAAGUAAUUCAGUUCAAAAAAUACGUUGUGUCGUAAGUCGAGAAAAUCAAGGUUAAAGUUUAUGUAAGUCAAGGGAAAUCUCUAUCACAUAUAAAGAUACGACAUGCUUAUAAUUUUUCUUUGUGUUUUCCUCAUAAAUUAGGAGUUUUUGAAAAUGAAGAAGUAUUUAUCGAACUUAAAAUUUUGAUAACUGGAGGCGCAAUAGCUUGUGUCACAGACCUUCCACAGAUUAUAACAUUCUCUCAAUAUGCAGGUGA